AUGGGAUGGACAGUUGCCAUCGAGAGACCUUUUGAUUUGGCAAAGAGGUCUUGGGGAGGAUUUGACGAGCGUCCAACGACCGCCAAGUGUUAUCGACAGGAACGAACGGCAAUGCUUCUUGCUUUUUUUCUGGGAUCGUUCGGUAUCGAUCAGUUCUACGCCCACCACUGGCCUCUAGCCGUGUUUAAGCUGUUAACUCUGGGUGCUGGUGGGGUUUGGUGGUUUGUCGAUGUUGUUCUCUGGAUGGUAGGUGGCGUGUAUGGCACGCCUGGAUGUCCGGGCGGGAGCGAGCAUUCCUGGCAGUACUAG